CGUUCACUUUACAAUAGGAACUGUUGUUUGUGGAACAGUAAGUCGUUUUGUUGUUUCCAGUCGGUAACAUUAUUUCUCUACGUUUGCAUCUCGGAAGCUGCUGUAGUUACAGUAGUUAGUAGUCCUGAAAAACAUGGCUACUGUUUUCCAACCCAGACCUUGUGAUAGCAACCCUGCAACCCCGGGAGCGCAGUCUGUAAAGGUACAUUUGGAUGACAUUGAAGAAGUGUCAAACGAUGGCAGUCAAGCUCCGAAAAGGCGGCGCAUGGGUUCAGGUGACAGUUCCAGAAGUUGUGAUACUUCCAGUCAGGAACUUGGGCCCACAUACUUCUCAGCAGAAAAUCUGACUGAGUACAGGUGGCCCUCAGAUGGCAGCGGGGAGUACUACAUGUUGCAAGAACAAGUCAGUGAAUAUCUGGGAGUCACUUCAUUCAAGCGAAAAUAUCCAGAUUUGGAAAGGAGAGAUCUCUCCCACAAAGAGAAGCUUUAUCUGAGGGAACAAAAUGUUAUCACAGAGACCCAGUGCACCUUGGGCCUGACUGCUUUGCGAAGUGAUGAAGUAAUUGAUUUGAUGAUCAAGGAGUACCCAGGCAAACAUGCUGAGUAUUCUGUCAUUCUCCAAGAGCGGGAGCGCCAAAGGAUAGCAAAAGAGUACUCUAAAAUGCAACAACAAAACCCUCAGAAGGUUGAAGCCAGUAAAGUGCCAGAGUACAUAAAGAAAGCUGCUAAGAAAGCUGCUGAGUUCAACAGUAAUUUCAACAGGGAAAGGAUGGAAGAGAGAAGGGCUUAUUUUGACCUUCAGACACACAUUAUCCAAGUACCCCAAAGGAGGUAUAAAGUCCUUCCCCCCGAGAGAACCAAAACCGGACCCUAUCCAGUGGCCCUCAUCCCUGGGCAGUUCCAGGAUUAUUACAAAAGGUACUCUCCCAACGAACUGCGCUACCUGCCCCUGAACACGGCCCUGUUUGAGCCUCCCCUGGACCCUGAGCUGCCUGCCCUGGAAAGCGAUGGAGACUCUGAUGACGCGGAAGACAACAAGAGGGAGGAGGGAAAGAAACAUUCCGACAGUUCUUCUGGAAACACGUCGGAUGGGGACAGUCAGGACAGCGGAAUGCAGUCAAAGGCCAAGGCCAAGGACAGAGCGUCCACCCCAGCUAAAGAUGCCACCCUACGCCCCAAUCAACACAAAUCUGUCCCUGGGUACAAGCCUAAGGUCAUACCCAAUGCUAUAUGUGGCAUUUGCCAGAAGGGUAAGGAGUCCAGCAAGAAAGGAAAGCCAGAAGCUCUCAUUCACUGCUCACAGUGUAGAAACAGCGGUCACCCAUCCUGCCUGGAUAUGAGUGAGGGGCUUGUGGGCCUGAUUAAGACCUACCCAUGGCAGUGCAUGGAGUGUAAAACGUGCACAGUAUGUGAGCAGCCACACCAUGAGGAGCAGAUGAUGUUUUGUGACAAGUGUGACCGGGGCUUUCACACCUUCUGUGUAGGCAUGGACUCCAUCCCUCUGGGUUGUUGGGUUUGUGAGUGUUGCAACAAGGAGUUUUUAACCCCGAAGAAAAAAGGUAGAACAAAACCCCCCCACAAGUCUAAAUCUGCCCAUAAAUAGAAUGCAGAGGAGACAUUGAUCAAAUUAACAAGCCUGUCCUCAAAUGCAAACAAGUGUUUUGAUACUAUUUGUACCUUUGUGCUAAAAUUCUGUUGAUACAUUUUUGUAAUUGUGUGUGUGUGUGUGUGUAUAUAUAUAGAUUUUCUUUUUGCUCAGUUAAAUUUGUAAUUUUCAUUGUGACCAAAAUGUUGUAUUUGUUUUUUUUGCCAAUAAAAGAAUCAAUCCAUGACCA